AUGCAAGUUGCCCCGUGCGGUAGCGCAUACACUAAGCCGUUUCCGCUCGUGGAUCCACCUACCUCGCAUUCCCUUUUUGAAAAGCGAGGCUCCCUUCAACGACCUCCCUCCUGCGUCUCUCACUCUACGGCGCAAACUCAUAGGCCUCAGAGCAUUGCAUCGAAAGAGUAUCAAGACCGAGGGCCUCCUACCAUGCCGGAGCACCUCUCCUCCGCCUCUUCGGACAACACGCCUCCGUCUCUCCGAUUCGUGAACUCCGCCCAACCAGAACCGAGGAAGAAGGUGGCCCAUAAGAAGAGCAGGGGGGGAUGUGCGCCAUGUAAAAAGAGAAAGGUCAAGUGUGACGAAGUGUUCCCCUGCUCGAACUGCCUCCGGCGGAAUGAGACCUGCGCCCCGCCGCCGAAGCCGGCAAGCCCCGAGGACGGAGACCAACCCCCGGCUCGGAGGCCGCUCGACACUUCGGGGCCCGUGAACCUCUUGCACAUGGAGCUCUUCCACCACUUCCAGCACGCGACGAUCCCCACCCUCUGCUUCGCCGACCUCUGGCCGUCCGUCGUGCCGCUCGCCUUCGGGGACGAGUACCUGAUGACGGCCAUGCUCGCCGUUGCCGCACGCCACCUCAGCAUCCUGCGGCCCCACGAGACGGCGUACGCGGACGCCGCCAUGGCUCUGCUAUCCCGCAGCUGCGCCCUCUUCGGCGCCGUGCUUGACCGCGGCGACGACAAGUACGACCCGCUAUUCUUCACCGCGCAGCUUAUCCACUAUCUCGCCUGGUGCGAUCUGGACUUUUUCCCGGACGGGGGGGAUGCUGCUGCCCCGGGCAGCCCGGCGCUGGACCUCUCGCGCGACCGGCUCUUCCUCCUCAGCUCCGGGGUGAGGGUCUUUCUCUCCAGCGCACGGGCGCACGGCUCCGGCAGCAUCUUUGCCCAGGCGUGGCAGAACUCCCAGUGCGGCGCGCUCGAGCUGAUCGUCGCGGAGCAGGGCAUGGACCGCGACAGCAUCGUCGAGGGCUUCAUGGAGCGUUACGACGAGCUGGGGCGCGGUGCCGACUGCGUGGCCCAGGACGACGAGGAGCGUGUCUCCUUCCGGGCCAUCGUCGAUCUGCUGUCGGUCGUGCUGGCGCUCUGGAAACAUCGCGAGACCAACACUCGGCCGGCCGGGAGGCCCGACCUGGAACGCCACAUCCUCGCCUUCCCGCUCUUCUGCUUCGGGCCGUUCCUCGACAUGGUGGUCGCCAACGACUCGAGAGCGCUGCUUGUGCUGUACCACUUUUACACCGUUUCGCGGCUGCUCCUCGGGGCCGGCGCGGCCUGGUGGGCGUCCGGUCGGCUGGAGACCAUGUCGCGGUCGAUCAAGCAAGAGCUGGCAAGGCGGGGACUAGGGACUCGGGUGAGGGGGUUGGUCUCUUAAGUCUUUCUAGUCACCAGCUUGCGAGUACUGGGGCGGGGGCUCGUGUGUUGCUGUAAAGUGGCGGCAGGGCAUCUCCGUCGUGGGGCGGUGCAAGAAUCGUCACACAAUGGUGUCGGUACCUCGUUGAUUGUUCGUUCUCUGGCAUAUUCCCCGAGUUACUACUUACUCCUAGCGAAGUAGCAGGCAGAUGGGGGUAUCAAGGACUCGGAGUCGUGCUGGCCGACCACCCCCUCCCUACACGAAAUUCGACGCCUUUGGGCAUAGCCGUUGUUCAAUAUUGUCCCUUUCGAGCCGGCCGUCCAGUAUUGACUUCCCUGCGAGAACGACCGGCGGCAGCGCGAGAGGCGUAUGGACUUUGACAAAUCGCUUCCCCCUUUGCGCCAGGAGAAGUGACUGGCGAGGGGGAAAUGACCGUAGACUACCCACUACAACAAAAAGAGUGCCCUUCGACACGCAGACCACGAAGCCCACAUCCCAAUUGCCACAUCACGCCGGGCCCAUCGUCUCAAAAGAAC